AUGACAACAGCAGCAACACCGGCAACAGCAGCAACAAUCAUCCCAGAGAAACUGAGGAAGAACAGGCCGAACUUUAUCUUCUUGGACCUGAACAUUGAUGAAGACUUUGAUUCCAAGACCUUUCUUGAUGUCAUCUUUUCCUUCCGACACAACUACACACUGCGAUACCUUAACUUGGUGAGAAGUGAGAAAAGGGAAGGAGAUGACCGAAGAUCAACAAAGGAGAUCCGACGAUUGUUGACCGAAGUUCUGAAGCUGCCCAGAUUAGAAACUCUGGACUUUGAGGGCUUCGAGAAAGAAGAAUUGAAGCAAUUCGACGAUCUCUUCCGCAGACGAAGGACCAACAACAAGCAAUGA